AUGACAUCUACUGAAGAAAAGCCACCCAAUUUCGAUAAUAUGUCUGCAGACGAGAAGAGAUUGUAUGAGAAAUACGGAAGAUUACCAAAACAAUCUCAAUUACUUGCUAAAAAGGAUAAGAAGUUUUUCGAUAGCGCAGAUUGGGCAAAAGGACAACACGAAGCAAAAGAACAACAAAAACAACCUUCGGAAAAACCAAUUAGCGAAUAA